AUGCCCGUCUAUUUUUCCACCAUCCAGAUGCUGCCCGUUCAUGGAGACGGAUUCCACCGUACGAGGAGACGCCGGCUAUCGCAUGAAAAUCUGUACUCCGAAAAAUCGCUCUCGACGACUGACAAAAGUAGACAACAGCCGCUAUCCGCUCGUAGGGGUUUCUCCAUAGACAGCCUAGAAAGCGAGAAAGACUUCCCGUUCUCGCUCAACAGCCUCAAGCCGGGCGAGCGUACUGCCGAGGAGUUCAAACAAGAGCAUCGAAAGAUUUCCAGGUCGAACAUCACUAAAAUCUAUAAAGAUGGUCUUACUCAGGAGACACACGAGACCUCAAACCAGCAGGUUAAGAAAGUCCAAUCGGGCGAUAUCUCGUAUCAUGAAGCUCAACAUAGUCAACAGGUGAAGAACAAAAUCGAAGGAGAUGGCUUCCUGGCUGAGCGCCUGGCUGCGCAACGACAGGAUCAGAAAACGUUGACCUGCGGCGAUCUCACGAAGGAGCGUCUCAUGAACUCAAAGGCCCUAGCUACGCGGAUUACGACCGAUGAGGGAACCCUCGAGAACGUCGCCAUGUCCAAAGAAGAGGACAGAAGACAACUCAAUAAAGGCGAGCCAGAGCGAAGAAUCUUCAACAAAGAAAUGGCUGCGAGCCGCACACUCACGAAUGCGAAUGGAGUGACCAGGGUCUCGGUAUCGAAUAAACAGUCGAGCGACGCUCUGCCUUCCGACUCCUCAGACGCCACACCGUCGAGCGAGGAAAGCAUUCGUCUCUGUUUACCCCAAUCGAGUCCUUACGCGAAAAUGGUCAUUGAGAUUUUCGGUGACAUCAGGGAGCUCCUGCAGUCAAGCCCUUCGAAAUCUGACCUCAGAGACUGUCUCCAUCGAUUCAAGCUACGAGUCAUCAGAUUCAUUGAGGGGAAGCUCCUAAAGAGCACCGAUACCAAGGAGACCGCUGAGAUCCUACGAGCUUUGUCGGCGAUCGUGCAGAAUGCGUGGGCUGUUCCCUCGCACGGACAUGAUUUCGGUUCCGCGGUGUGCACCGCUCUGCGAGAGCACGGUGGACUAGACAGACUCCUGGAGUUGUGCAGAUCCGAUGAAGAUCACUCGUUGAAUUUUGGAGCAGCUCGCGUACUGGAGCAGACGUUAUGCACAGAGAAUCGUGUCUACGUCGUUGAUCAUGGUCUGGAGCCGGUCGUACGGGUCGCGCUCAGAUGCUGUGGCAAAGAAAACCCCAAUAUCGAAGAGACUCGAGUCGGCGUUGGCUUAUUCCGCCAUUUAUUCAAGGACUCCGAAGAGACGUGCAGUUUCCUCAUCAAGAACCACGCUUUCGAAGAAAUCGUCUACAACUGUCGAUCAAGUGAUCAGAAAACGCUACAGCAUUGCGCUGCUGCUCUAGCCAAUCUCGCUCUCUAUGGUGGCUCAGGCAAUGAGCAAGUUAUGAAAACUUUCAUACCGUGGCUCUUCCCCUUGGCUUUUUCGAACGAUGAUCACGUCCGGUACUGGGCAUGCAUCGCAGUCUCAGCCGUUUGUCUUAAUAAGGAAUUGGACAAAGCCAUAACGGCAUCGAACACGCUCCAUCUGCUGGAAACCUUCUGCACAGCUAGAAAUCCAGACUGCUUCGCCCGUCAAGGCAGUUCGAACGUCCACGGACAAUCGAAGGAAUGGCUGCAGCGUUUCGUGCCCGUUCUGAAUUCCAAUCGCGAAGAAGCGAGAUCUCUAGCAGCUUUCCAUUUCGCCGUCGAGGCGGCAAUAAAAAAGAGGCAGGGAGAGACGCAGAUUUUCGCCGAAAUCGGUGCGAUAAGCGCUCUGAAGACUGUUGCAAGUUCGCCAAACGCCCUAGCCUCCAAGUUCGCGGCUCGAGCUCUUCAGAUUAUCGGGGAAGACAUCCCUCACAAACUGAGUCAGCAGGUUCCUCUGUGGACAGAAGACGAUGUCGCCCAGUGGGUGAAACAAAUUGGUUUCGGCGCAUGUGCUGACGAGUUUUUGAACACAAAAGUGGAUGGCGAUCUUCUACUCCAAAUAGACGAGGAAAUGUUGGAGAAGGAUAUAGGAAUCGGGAAGCAGCUCCUGCGAAAAAGGUUUCUCCGCGAGCUGAAGAAGUUGAAGCAGAUGGCCGACUAUUCGUCUGUCGACGCUACCAAUGUAACUCAGAUUCUCCAAAGAUGCGAUCCCGAAUUCACUCAGUACGCGUACAUGUUUCUGCGCUCUGGCAUCGACAUCCACUCUCUUCCGAAGAUAACAGAGGCCCAGUUGAGAGAUGAAUGUGAUGUUCGAAAUUCCGUUCAUCGCAAUAAGAUAUAUUCGUACCUACAAGAAAAGUUGUGUGUCCUCAACGAGGUGGAAUCUACCAAGAAACCGAUAGACGCCUUCAUCAGUUACCGAAGAUCGAAUGGCUCUCAAUUGGCGAGCCUUCUCAAAGUUCAUCUGCAAAUAAAGGGAUUCACAGUUUUUCUUGACGUUGAGAAACUUGAAGCUGGCAAGGUCGACAACAGCCUCUUGAAUAGCAUCAAAGAGGCCAAGAGUUUCUUGCUCGUGCUCUCGCCGAACGCUCUCGAUCGUUGCAAAAACGACAACGAUUGUAAAGACUGGGUCCACAAGGAAAUCGUUCAAGCGAUCCAAUCUGGCUGCAACAUCAUACCCAUCAUGGAUAACUUCGAAUGGCCAGACCCUAGAGAGUUACCUGAGGACAUCCACCCAAUCUCUGGUUACAAUGGGGUGAACUGGAUUCAUGAUUACCAGGAUGCCUGUGUUGAUAAAAUAGAGCGUUUUAUCCGGAGGGAGAGGCCGUCGGGGACUCCCUUGAGCCCCGGCCACGGCUCAUAUCGGAGCGCCGGCAACAGCGGCCAUAAUAGCAGCAUCGACCACCCUGAGAGGUCUCUGCCUCAUAACGCGAGCAGCAAUUUUCAUCGUCAUCCGAAUCCUCAACCUCCAAUGCCAACGCCAGCAACAUUGCCUCACAAUGCUGGUAGCACCAAAGAUUGGAGUGAGACGACUCGAGACCCAAUCGAACUAUCUUCGACUCAACAUUUCUCUCCGCAUGGCUGUCACCAUAAUCCUCAGCCCACGGUAGAAAUGCCGAUAUCCCCACCACCGUCUGUUCCUUCAGACUGA